GGUGAGCUCGACUACGACCAGCGGGCGGGACUCUGGGAAUUAGGCGUGCUGGGUAAACGUUGUUUAGCGCGCCCAGGGUGCGGAGCAUGGACGCAUACAGGUGCAACGCGGGGUCAGGCCGAAUGGUCGCCCGUGGGGUUCCAGGCUUAUCGCGGGUAAGUAUGACUACCUGGGUCACGACAGUCACGCGACGCUCGGUAAAAUGGACGCUGCAGUCGUGAAGGAGCUGCGGGCUGGGUGCGGCGGGCUGGGCCAGGACAAGGCUGCUGCAAAGCGAGUACGCGACAUGCUGGUCGCGCUGCAGCAGCGGCAGGACGGCCCGGCGCCAGAGGUAUUUGUGCUGCUCAAUUACGUGAACGGCAGCCUCGAGUCCCGCCGGGAGCUGCUCACGGGGCCCCUCUUCGUGCGCUGCGCCGCCGCCGUGCUGGACGGGCGCUACACUGGUGAGCUGCAGGUGGACGCGAGCGCGGCGGGCGGCUGCGAGGUGGACAAGGUCGCCGCUGCGCUCCGGCUCAACCUUGGGGAAACCAUGUACAACCCCACGGAGCGGGAGAAGGCGCCGUCCCAGCUGCAGAGUGUUGGCAAGGUGGCCGCCUACACCCUUGACAAGGCGCUGGCGGCAUGCUUCGCCGACCCCACCAUUGCCACCACGCCCGCGUUGCAGAAGCUCCCCCGCCAGCUGUACAUCCACGGCGUGUGCGUCUACGUGGGGCGGGCGACCAAGCAGCAGCUGGCCCGGUGGGAGGACUUGCCCCGGGUGGAGCUGGGCGGGAUGGCGCUGAGCGGAGCGGCUGACGGGGUGAAGGGCCUGAAGGGUGCCACACUGGUGCUCAGCGCGGCCAGCGCGCUGGAGCGCGUCCUCAGUACCGGCUGCGCUCCAGGGUGGGGUCGUUGUGUUGCAGUAGCAUGAGUUCCAGAUGGCACAUUGCUGCAUGCAUGCGGACGCUCGCACACGUUGCACCUAUGCGGUCGUUGCCUUCGCAUACGCAGAAAGCAGGCUUGACAUCUGGCAACCGUUUGGGGCGUGGAAUAAGGUAUCAUAGAUUGGAAAGGAAGGGUGGUGAUGGCAUAGUUAAACAUGUAGUUGAAACAUUGCUGCAAGUUAUGUGAACGUGAUGCAGGUGUUGUGCUGCACACUGAGGAGCAAGUGGGUGUGGCUGACUGCUGAUGGGAAGGCGUGGAGUAUUAUCGAACGCCGGGACAAACUGUACACUGCAGUGGUGGCCCAUGCAGGUUGUUUAUUGAUGUAGCGACCCAACGAGGUCGCAUAACCAGCAGCAGCGCCAGUCAUAGUGUUCAUGAUGCCUGUGCAGAUAGAGGUAGAGGUGUACGUGUGGGGAAGCCGUCGUGGGGGAAGCCAUCUUCAGAGGGUAGGCCAAUUACUAGAGCAAGGGUUCAUGUUAUUUUGAUUCGCGUGUCCAAAGAGGCGCCGUGACGGCGGCGUGGAUAUCGCUCAUGAGGUUGGGUUGGCGCAUCGUCGCCUGCUUCACCACUUUGGUCAUAAUAUGACAAGGCGUCAGUAGCGGCGCGAUGAAGCUGGUAACGCUGGCCGACGUGCUGCUCGAGCUGGCGCUGCCCGAAUUGGUGAAGCAGGCGACGAUGCGCCAACCCACCCUCAUGAGCGAUAUCCAUGCCGCCGUCACGGCGCCUCUGUUGGACCAGGUACGCAAUCUGCAUGCGCGGCGGGUUCAUGUUACCAUAUUUUGAUCCGCGACUGGAGGGUACCGUGGAAAGUGCGUCCCAGGCUUUCAUAUGGAUGGAAAUUAUGUUGAGACUGGUUAGCUGCCACGCAUGAUGUAUUGAAUGGAUAUUGCAGGGUGGGACACACUUCGAUGAAUGAACUCAACUUCGAUUGCGGCAGGCGUGGCGUGACACGCAGUCGUGUCUGCCUAUGAGAUCACGCCUUUGGAUGGCACUGGCAAGGCCACGGGCACAGGGUUGGCGGGCCUGCAGACGAAUGAGGCAACAUAUGUUUUAGACCUUUUGUUCGCCUUGGUGUCUCAGUGCCUUCAUGGGGCUUGUUGCUUGGUGGGUCUAAGACUGCCAGGCUGCGUGUGCAUGUGCAGAUAACGGGUGUGUGUGCACCGACUCGCGGUACUUCGCACAGGCCGCACAGCCUUUGGAGUGCUGUUGUGUCGCGUGGCUUUGGCGGGCUGUCGUCCGCCGUUGCCGGCCCGUGUCAUUCACCGGCAGCCACUGCCCGGGUACGGGUAAUGGGACGGUUGACAGCGUUUGAACUUAGGAGUGGGAAGUAACACAACGGUUGAGACUGCGGGCGGGUCGUGUGAAUUGCGGUCCAGAGGUGUGGCAAGAGGUUCGGCGUGUGUGGUUUAGUUGUAGCCGUGUGGCGGUGGUGUAUCUCUGGCUCUGGCGUCACCUUCGCCUGCACAGCGCGGGGCGAAGGUUCGUGGGUUCGUGUUGCAGGCGUUGGGCAGGUGGUCGUGCGGGCGCUGAGCUGAGGAGGAGCUGCGUUGGUGGUCUGUUUGCCGUUGUGCUUUGCAUGUGUGUGUUCAGGGGAGCUUGGGGUCCAGGUUUCGUCGACGGGCGGUUGGCCUGCCCUGCUAGGUGGUGAGCGUGGGGUGUCGGGCAGGGGGCCGCCCAUGCAGGAGGCGGUGGCUCCCUAGUCCCGCAACACCGGCCCUGGCCCGGUGUCGCGGUGUUGCUCUCUCUCACACGACCUAUCGUGCGUAGCUUUGUGAAAGCAUCGGAGU